GUCAAAAUGUGAACCAACAGUAAACAAUUAGUAACAACGUCAGACAAGCAUUUAUUGUUAAAAUGUUUCUAAAAUGCUUAUUCUAUUAAAUAAUCCAUUAAAUAUUUCUUUAGAUCAAAUAUUUAGCUUUUCUGAUUUAUUAUGAGAUAUCUAACACCCCAAUUAGUGCAAUUAUAGUGUAUAAAUGGUGUAAAUUUGAGAAGACGCUAUUAAAAGUGUCAUGUUUAAGCUAGUUAAUAAUCAACACUCGUAAUAAUUUUUUUAGAGGCUAUUGUUUGUAGUCUCCUCACUAAUUUUCUCUAACUAUUAAUUGUUAAAAGGUAGUGAUUAUUAAUUUAAUUACCAUUGAACAAGAAAUUAUCCAAUGAUGACAUGAUACAUUUGUUUUGUAUCUAUUGUUGAAUUCAUUAUUUUCAUAAAAUUUAUUGCUAAAAAAAUUUAUUGCAUUUUUUAAAACCAUUUAUGUUUAACAAUAGACAAAGUAAUAUAUUUUUUUUUAAUAAAAAGUGCAGAAAAGUUGAUUAAUUACCUUGAUUAUUUUUAAUGUAUAUUUGUUGGUUAUGGUGUGGAUGAUGGUAUAAAAAUAUUAUAAAGAAAUUUUUGGACUUCUACGAAUGUAUCCAUGAUUAUUUAUACAACUGCCAUUAAUAUUUUAACAUCGGAACUGUUUAUUAAACAUGAAGUAUUCGCAUUCAUAAAUUUCAGUUUAAUGACGAUCAUGUAACGUAGAGAAAAUAUCAAUAAGGAGAAAAAUGAUGACAGAAGAGGACCGACACAUUCGUAGUGUUGCAGAAAAUCUGCUCAGCGGUUCUCUUCAAUCUCAAAGAAGUUCCUAUUCUCAUCGAAGUAUCAAUAGCAUCAAUAGAGAUUUUAUCGUUAAUGAGGAAGUGAUUGCUGGUGCUCGUCAUAACAACAGGAUGUCCAGCACUAGGCGAUUUUUUUGUCUUCUUGUCACUUUUGAUCUUCUGCUCACAUGCCUCAUGUGGUUGCUGUGUACCACGAUAGCAGGUGAAAAUAUCUCAACAGCAUUUGUGCAACAAGUUUUGCAUUACAAUAUCUCGACGUCGCUUUUCGAUAUAGUAUUCUCAACCCUGACUAGGUUCAUCGUUCUACUAUUUUUUUACGCAUUACUGCAGCUUAAUCACUGGAUAAUCGUUGCGCUUACUACUGCCUCAACGAGUGCCUUUCUCGGAGCUAAAGUUUAUUUUUUUACUUGGGAUGGUGUACCUCAACCUGGUUUUCAAGCUCUGUUGAUUUUAAUAUCAUUCGUACUGGCAUGGGCUGAAGCUUGGUAUUUUGAUUAUCGAGUCGUGCCGCAGGAGAUGCAAGCUCAGUAUUGGAUGAAUUCAGUGAAUAAUGAAAGAUCACCAUUGCUCCAAAAUGUGCUUGUUGGUCCACCUAGUAGAAUUGCUGAGAGUGUGGGUAAUUUUUUUACUCCCAUGGACUCUCCAACGCAUUCAGAUGAUGAUGAAGAUCACACAAAGAGCUCGAAAUCAAUCAGUUCGGAUGAUGAAUUUUUCAAUAUCGUCAAACGUGUCUCUUAUUUAUCACCAAUUAAGUUUGACGAAUAUAAAAGGAAAGCAUCGCUGCUUGUAGAUCAAUCAUAUCAACUAUUGAUAUCUAAAGAAUGGCAAAAGCACAGCACUACUACAGAAGGUGAUAUUAUAUCAGUGAUGGACAGCUCUCAUGGGAAAAUAUUUAAAAUUGAGGGAAUUGUGGAAGCAUCAGCUCAAUCUCUCAUUAAUCAACUUCAUGACAAUGUGGAAGAUACUCCAACAUGGAACAAAGAUGUUUCUGUUGUCCAGAAGGUCCAGAACGUUGAUCACAACACAGACAUCAUUUAUCAAUCAACCAAGACUUAUGGCGGUGGUUUGGUGGGUCCAAGAGACUUUAUAACACUUCGACAUCGAAAUAGAUGUGGCAAAUAUUAUUUAAGCAGUGGAACUUUUGUUAACACGAAUCUUCCAACACGUAAAAAUCAUAUAAGAGCUGAAAACAAAAUCGUUUGUUUAGCAGCUGAAUCAAUAGAAGACGAUGAAUCAAGUGAAAGAACUCAGUGUCGAGUUACAUGGAUUCUUCAUGUCGACUUGAAAGGAUGGCUCCCUCAAAGAGUUAUUGAUAAAUCAUUAGCAAGUAUGCUUGAGAAGAUGAUCAAGUCUAUACGAGAUUAUUUACGAGCUAAAUAAAGCUUACAAGAGUGAUAAUAUUUAUUUAAAAAUAUUAUCAUCUUAGAUUUAUUGGGUGUUCAUCAGUUUUUAGUUUUGUUUUGUGGUAAAUAAAAAAAGACUUGGAAAUAAUUUUUUUUUUUAAUUUAAAAGGAUUAUAAUAAAUAUAAAGUUUUGUACUUUUCAUAAAUUUUAAACAAAAGAAGGUUGUUUUUGCUAGAGUGAGUGAGGUUAUAAAUCAUACUUGAUAGAACAAUUAUACUAUUUUUUAAUCAUAAAAUGUGAUUUAAAAAAUGUAUGUAGGUGACAAAAUUUUAGUU